AUGAAGGAAUCUCGAGAAAAGGAAAAGAAAGAUUUACAAGGACUGAACGAGAGAUUUGCUUCUUACAUCGAGAGAGUGUGGUUUUUGGAGGCACAAAACAAGGCAUUGGUGAACGAAUUAGAUACUGUGAAGAACAGCGAAGAGUACAACUCCGCCAAGAUCAAGGACAUGUUUGAGGUGGAACUGGAACAAGCCAGGGUUGUCAUCAAUGAACUGUCCAAACAGAAAGCUGAGUUCGACGUGAAAAUGGUCGGCAUGGAAGACCGUCUUACAUUUGAAAAGAAAGAGACGGAUCUACAAGCUAAACUGGCAGAUGACUUCAGGCAGAAAUACGAGACCGAAGCUACCGACGAAAUUAAUAUCCAAGCUCAGAAAAUGACAAAAAUAUUUUGCGUUUUUCUCUAA